CUACGUGCGUAGUUCUUGCUAGCCUCAGCACUUACAUUCGCGUUUCCCAUCUGUCGCGUUCGAGGCAAAAUUUCAAAUAAAGCCUUUCGAUUGGAGGAAGACGAGUCGUUUUUCCUGCCCUCUCCGUAUGAAAAAUCUUUCGAGUUGACGUCGAAUGGCGACGUAACGGGUUAAAUAGCUCAGUUUUAUCGGCAGAUAGUGUCGGCUCUCGUAAAGGAGAAAAAGAUGCCCGAUAUACGUGUAAUCUAAGUGGCUACGUUAUAAUUAAAUGAAUGUGCAGCCACUUUAAAGAAUGUGACUGAAAAGAAAAGGCUAGUGUGUACGUUAUAUUUCGUGGUGUAUCAGAAGAUGUUUCAUCACGAGUACGAGAAGCGACUGUUAAAGUCGAGUAGCGAGAGCCACAUAGAUAAUCUCGCGACUCCUGCCCAUUAUACGCCAAUAUAUUUUUCGCCAACAAAAAUGACAAACAAUAGUUUUGAUCGAUUUAUACCGACGAGGUCGGGUAACAACUGGCAAACAACUUUUUCGAUGAUUUCUGAAAGCGGCCGAAGUGGUCUUGCGACAAAGAAGACCCGUGAAAAUGGUGAAGGGAGUCGAGAUGGUAUAGCUUAUUCGUGUCUUCUGAAAAAUGAGCUUCUAGGUGCUAGCAUAGAAGAUGUGAAGGGUCAGUGCGAGGAACGAAGAAUACUAUCUCCUCUCAUGUCGAAAAAUUUAUUUAAAUUUACUACACCCACGAAAGAUCAUACUCUUUUGGAUCAAAGCUCGCCUUACUCUCUUUCUCCUUUAAGUGCUAAAAGUCAAAAGUUAUUACGGUCUCCAAGGAAGGCAACUAGAAAAAUUUCAAGAAUACCUUUUAAAGUACUCGAUGCUCCAGAAUUGCAAGACGAUUUUUAUUUGAACUUGGUGGAUUGGUCCUCACAAAAUGUCCUUAGCGUUGGCUUAGGCAGUUGUGUGUACUUGUGGUCUGCUUGUACCAGUCAAGUAACUAGAUUAUGUGACUUAUCUAGCGAUGGUAAUAGCGUUACCUCUGUAGCCUGGAACGAAAGAGGAAAUUUAGUUGCAGUAGGAACGCAUUUAGGAUACAUUCAAGUAUGGGAUGUGGCUGUAAACAAGCAAGUAAGCAAAUUACAUGGUCACAGUGCCAGAGUCGGUGCUUUGGCAUGGAAUGGAGAAGUUCUGUCUUCUGGUAGUAGAGACAGAUUGAUAUUGCAAAGAGAUGUACGAACUCCUUGUGUCGUGAGUGAACGACGUUUGGGAGCUCACAGACAAGAAGUCUGUGGUUUAAAAUGGUCUCCAGAUAAUCAGUACUUGGCCUCUGGUGGAAAUGAUAAUCGUCUUUAUGUUUGGAAUUUGCAUUCCUUAUCACCAAUACAAACCUAUACGGAACAUUUGGCUGCUGUUAAGGCGAUCGCGUGGUCUCCUCAUCAUCAUGGCUUACUAGCUUCAGGUGGUGGUACAGCAGAUAGAUGUAUUAGAUUUUGGAAUACAUUAACUGGUCAACCUAUGCAAUGUAUUGAUACUGGAUCUCAAGUUUGUAACUUGGCUUGGAGUAAGCACAGUUCAGAACUAGUCAGUACACAUGGCUAUUCCCAAAAUCAAAUAUUAGUUUGGAAGUAUCCAAGUUUAACACAAGUUGCAAAAUUAACAGGACAUUCUUAUAGAGUUUUAUAUUUAGCCAUGUCACCUGAUGGUGAAGCCAUUGUAACAGGUGCUGGAGAUGAAACUCUUCGUUUUUGGAAUGUGUUUAGUAAAGCACGCAGUCAGAAAGAAAAUAAGUCUGUACUGAAUUUAUUCACAAGCAUUCGGUAAAUUUAAAUUUGGUAAAUUAUCACAAAAAUUUAUUAUUUUAUGUAUUGUACAUACAUAUAUUGCAUAUACGAUUAUAGUAUUCUAAAAGAAUCAUGAUAUAUAAAACAUAUAUAGUCAUAGACUAUAAAUAUUUAGGUUUGUAGAUAAGACUAUUCAGCUGGUGGUUGUAGUAUAAGUUCAUAAAUGCACAGCCUGCAAUAAAAUGAGUCUUGUGUGCAAUAUGUCACUACUUUGGUAGGGACUAGGAGGUAUGCCCUUAUAAGGAAAUAUGCACGAUUUUUGUUGUCUUUUUGUUUACUUUUUUUGUCUUUUGUCUACUUCAUACAAAACAAUUUUUUUUUAUAGAUGUGCUAUAUUCCAUCAUUGUAUCAAUAUUAAUUAUAUUUUUCUUUUUUUAUUGAACUUAUUUCUUAUUCCUUUUUUUUUUUUUUUUUUUUCUUUUUUUUUUUUUUUUUUCUUUUUUCUUUCUUUUAAUAUAUACUGUACUAAAUAUGUAAUUAUUGCUCAUUGCUUAAUAACAUUCUGAUUCAUCAGAAUAUUUUAACAAUAUAAUAAAUAUUUUCCGAUUUUUACCAAUCACAUAAAUAACGAUUGUAAUUAUCAAGCAAUUGUAUUAUUGUCCAGAAGAAUUCCUUUGAAGGGUAUAUUAAUAUUUUCAUAAUUUUUCAAAAUAUGUGCUGUGUCUGCUCAGAUAUUUGCAGGCUGAUCGGUCAGACCAUUAAAGUAUAUAUAUAUAUAUAUAUAUAUAUAUAUAUAUAUAUAUAUAUAUAUAUAUAUAUAUAUACAUAUAUAUAUAUAUAUAUAUAUAUAUAUACAUAUAUACAUAUAUAUUCUAAAAAAACUCUUUUUUUCUUUAUUGCCACAAAUACACUUUGGUUUCUUAUUGAUUAUUAAUAAAUAACUGUGUCAUAUAAAUCAAAUAUUACAUACACUUUACUUUCUUAAAUCAUUUAUAGUAACUUAUGCUUUACAAUCAGCAAGUUGUACAAAUUUGAGUGGAAAUGCGACUUAUAAAAUAAAUUACUAAUUUAUAAUAUUACAAGAAAAUAAUAUAUUGUAAUAACAUGUUUAUCUCUGCAUUCAGAGGAGAUCGAAAGUGGAAAUAUACAUAGAAAAUAUAGGAAAUAUUACAACAAAAGAAAUCUAAAAUCUUAUAUUAUCUUGUUAAGUCAAAAACUCAUGUCUGCAAUUAAGUUUAUGGAUAUUAUUUAUAGACAUUAAAAAAAAAAAGAGUAUAUCAUUUAAAUAAUUCUGGAUUACCAUAUCUUUAUAAAAAAAUUUUUUUUAUUAAAUAAUAACUUUCUUCUGUUAAGAUAACAUAUUUUUUGUACACAUUUUUCAUAUAUAAAACUGUUACUUAAAUUUAUUUAAAAUUUGAGUGAUAUAAUAUUAAUAUUACAGACAUGAAUUUUUUCUAGUAAAGGGUAAAUGGGAAAUAAUAUGUAUACUCUAUUUUUUAAUACACUACUUUAUCCCAGAAACUAUAAGAUGCAUGUAGAAAAUCAAUAAAAUAAAUUUUGAAAUCACAAUUGUAAGUUUGGCGGCUUAUAUUUUUUAUUAUAGCAUAAACAAGAGGAUUUUAUUCAUAUAGUAUAUAUGAAAAUGUAUACAAAAUUUGAUUUCUUAUAUGUAAUUUGAAAUAAUAAUUUAUGAUAAAAUUAAACAUUACAACUUUAUGCUUCUUCUAACAUUGAACUUUGCAUGUGGAGUUCAAAAUAUUCAGCAAAAUAGAGCAGUAUAUAUGUAUUUGCACUGCAAUCUGCAUGCUUACAGAUAAGUAGAUGCUUGCAUUGUUCUUUACAUUUUAUAUUACAUAUCAAUAUGUUGAUAUUUUGAUAAUAUAAAAUUUAAUACCAUUAUGAAAAAUUAUAUGCAAUAAUAUGCAAUUUAUUUUAUAAAGUA